GGCAUUGCAGUAUUCCACAGCACUCGCGAAAAACGAGAACAACAACACUAAACACUAAACACACAACACAAGACAUACAUAAUAAACAACAUAAGAAAGUAGCACAUCAUUUGUUUCCAACUGUAACAAUGUCGAUCGCUUUCUCCUUCUUCGCUCCUCCCUCUUCCCUUUCCAACGCCAAAUCCAUUCCCUCCUUUUCACUCUCUUCCCCUCCCAUCCGCCUCCCCCUCCGCCGCCCCUCCGAUCGCUUUCUCCCUCUCCGCUCCUCCGGCGGAGGCUCUGGCGGCGGAUCCUUCGGAGGUCACGGCGGCGGCGGCGAUGCUCAUGGAGACGGCGGCCAUGAAAGAGAGAACGAGGCCUUGAUGGUGGUGGCCGAGGCCGGUAGGUCGCUGGAGAGCGUUCCGGCGGACUUGGCGGCGGCGAUAAAGGCGGGGAAGAUUCCGGCGUCGGUGGUGACGCGGUUUCUGGAGCUGGAGAAGUCGGCGUUCUUCCGGUGGCUGCUUCAGUUCUCCGGCUUCAGAGAGCGUCUCCUCGCGGAUGAUCUCUUCCUCGCUAAGGUCGCCAUGGAAUGCGGCGUUGGCGUCUUCACCAAGACUGCUGCUGAGUAUGACCGAAGAAGAGAAAACUUUUUCAAGGAGAUUGAAAUUGUCUUCGCUGAUGUGGUGAUGGCCAUAAUUGCAGAUUUCAUGCUGGUUUAUCUUCCUGCGCCUACUGUGGCUCUUAGACCACCCCUGGGACUCAAUGCAGGGCCUAUUGCUAAGUUUUUCCAUGGCUGCCCAGAUAAUGCAUUCCAGGUAGCUCUCUCUGGAGCAUCGUAUUCCUUGUUGCAAAGGUUUGGUGCAAUUGCGCGUAAUGGGGCUAAGCUUUUUGCAGUUGGAACUGCUUCAUCACUGGUUGGAACAGCUAUGACGAAUGCCUUAAUUAAUGCAAAGAAGGCAGUUGAUAAGUCUUCUGAAGGGGAAAUUGAAAAUGUUCCCAUAUUGUCUACCAGUGCUGCCUAUGGUGUCUAUAUGGCAGUUUCCAGCAAUCUCAGGUAUCAAGUACUUGCUGGAAUCAUUGAACAGAGGCUUUUGGAACCUUUGCUGCACCAGCACAAGCUCAUGCUUAGUGCACUUUGUUUUGCUGUGCGGACUGGCAAUACGUAUUUGGGCUCAUUAUUGUGGGUGGAUUAUGCUCGAUGGAUAGGAGUCCAAUAGGCCCAAGAACAAGAUUACAUUACUUUGAUCUUUCGUGAUUGACUAUAUUUUUCUCAAGAUGUUCAUUUGCUUCAGUACUGGACAUCACAAAACUUUAUUUUCUUCAGAGGUUUGGUUGUAGGAUUAUCUCAAUAGGUUUUGGUUCCCUCUAUUUUUAUAUGCUCAUUGCUGAGCACUCAGCGAAUUCUUGUUUUUCUCUCGAGUUUCCUCAUUCAAUCAAUGCUAUGAGGAUGUGGAAAUAAUUUAUUUUUUGUUAUCAGGACAUAAUUUGACACUUAGAUGAAAGCUGAAAAGCUUGUGAUUGCAAGACAUUAAACUAGUGUUUUGUUACUAACAUAAUAAAACCUCUGCCAUUGAACGAGCAUUUUACAAA